UUUCAAAUAUUCACCUGUCUCUAUGUGUGAGUGCGGGUAGUUUGCUUAAGACUAAUCCCGUAGUAUUCCUCCACUGCUAACCGCGCAUCAAUUGUAGCCAAUUUUACUGAUCAACGGUGAUGCGUCUCAACGCGCACGAGCGUUCCGCUCGUUCGUCUCCCGCUCACCAAACAAAGUCGCCGAAACUCACCACCCUUCCUAUACAAACGAAGCGCGCAAACGCACACCACACGGCAAACGGCAGCGACAGGUUGAUCUCGCGUACCAAACAAACAACGCUCCCGGUCCAGUCCGUGUCAGUCUUAUUCCGGCCCGAACACACGUUGCAUCGUGUGCAUUGCGAAAACACGCCAGUAACUGACCAGUACAGCACAUACACAGACAGCGACUUGAGAGGGUGGAUUAAUAUGGUUGCGGCACCAUUUUACCCUCCUACUACACCCUGCUCCAUGGAUUUUGUCGCGUGGAUUGUGAACGUGUGUGCGAACGUAUCAUAAAACAGUGUCAUCGUGAGCUUUAGGGCCGCUGCGAAUCGCUAAUUGAAUUUAAAUCCACUCCCACAAGUGUCCUCGUGUCCAAAAACGCGCGACCCAAAAGAGAAAGUCUGGGCCUGGGCGCAAUGGCUAAUCCGUGAUUUCGUGGUUCUCCACACAGCCGCCUAGCGCCGACGUACGGUAUAGCACGUGUUUUGCGUCCGUUUGAGUGCUUCCGGGAUUAGAGUUCGAUACCGCACUGGUCACAUUUCCAAACAGUCAUUCCACCAGUCCGUCAGAUAUUCGGUGCUGUCGCGCAAAUGCUACCCAGUUUCGUUCGUGCUAUAGUUACAAAGUGUUUGGCUACUGCUUACCUCCCGGAAACCAUGCUAAAGUGUGAUCCGAUCCGUGUCAGUUACAUCGCAUUACCGUAAAACAAAACAAACAAAAAACAACAUACCAGGGCCAUGAAACUGUUGCUGAAAAUUCACAACAAAGAUCGUCACUCGACGACCACGGCGGCGGUCAAUCUGUUCCAGCGGAAGCGUAAAUAUCAUCAUCGUAGACACUCGAAAUCAUCUUCCCCGGUGCCCUCCGGGGGCGCCUCUCUGCCUGCCUCCCAGCAGUCUGGCCCUUCCGCAUCUUCCACCCCGCCGCACGUAUCCUCAUCCUCGCUGACGUCAGCCGCGUCCGGUGCUGCCGUGCCGUGCGGUACGUUUGACGCGGAUCGGACCACUUCCGGUGCUGCGUCACUGGCCGCACUCGUGUACGGUGGACCCGGAAACUGCACGGAACCGAUUUCCUGCCCCAUCGAAAGACGUCCGCUACUGCGGAAUUCCCCAUCACAGUCAUCGGCACGCAGUUUUGCUAGCUCUUCCCGACCCGGCCGCAACAAUCAGAACCGCGGACUACCUUCAGCGGAACCAUCGACCCUGCGUCAGGAGCGCUACUUCAUUUACGGAGCGCUGAUAUUUUUCGCGAUCGUCGGAUUCUCAACCGCCAUCUACUUCAUCGUGAACCAGGUGCGCGGUCCAGCUGACAUUGACCGGGAGAUACUGUUCGACACCAACUACCACCGGCGGACGAUGCCCAAUCUCGGCAACAGCCACAUGAUCAUCGAACGGCGUAACUGGGGUUCGCAGGUGGAUGCGCACGCAUCGAUCCAAUUGGAGCAUCCGGUUCAGUACGUGAUCGUUACGCACAUCGGCCUGCGCUCCAAAAAUUGCACCGGCAUGCACGAAUGUGCGAACAGGAUGCGCAUGCUACAGGAUGCAGCCAUCGGUGAGCGGAAUCUACCCGACAUUCCAAGCAACUUUUAUCUUGGUGGAGAUGGCAACGUGUACGUGGGCCGUGGUUGGGAUAUUGCUAAUUCGUAUCACAAUCGAACACUGUCCGUCUGCUUCAUAGGAGACUUCCAAACCUACGAACCGAAAGAAUCUCAAUUCUCCGCCCUGCACCAUCUCCUGACGUACGGUGUGAUACAGCGAAAGCUUGCCAGCGACUAUAAGCUUGUGGCACGAAGACAGACCAAACCUACCACAGCCAGCCCUGGCGACAUGCUAUACGCUAGGCUCGUUCGACUAUCCCGGUGGAAUCCUUGUGGAACGCAAGCAUACGCACACUGUGGGGCAGAAUUGGGCUUUCCGAGCGUUUGGGACGAUGAGCACGAUUUCAAUGAGCAUGGAUACAAUAAUCAGAACCAGUUGAUGGGACCAAAUACUUCGCCGGGCAUAAAAUACGAACGCCUUAUCGUGUACAGCAUAAUUACACUCUUUAUAAUCAUUGGUUUGGUGCUAUUGUUUUACGUUAUCUACAUGAUGUUCCCCUCCGGCGACAAUAUCAUUCCAAAGGAACUAUUUUUUGAGGACAACUCUGCUUCUAAAUCAAUUCCCAAUCUCGGCAACGGGCACAUGGUCAUCGAUCGCCACAACUGGGGUGCACAGCAGGGUGUACAUGGACCGUACAAGCUGCCACAUCCCAUUCCGUACGUGCUGAUAACGCACAUAGGCGUCCACUCGGAAAUCUGCUCCGAUGUGCACGUUUGCUCCAUCAAGAUGCGCACGCUGCAAGAUGCAGCAAUUGCCGAGAAAAGUCUGCAAGACAUACCGAGCAAUUUUUAUGUCGGUGGUGACGGAAACGUUUACGUUGGUCGUGGAUGGGAUACGGCCAAUGCGUACGCUAACAUGUCACUGGCCGUGUGCUUCAUGGGCGAUUACGGGCGGUAUGAACCGAACGAUCUUCAGCUUUCAGCACUGGACCAUCUGUUGACGUUCGGCGAGAAACACCACCUUUUAACGGAAGACUACAAAAUCGUCGCACAUCGACAGGCACGAACUACACGCAGUCCUGGGAUAAAACUGUACGAGAAAAUAACGAAACUCACGCGAUGGUACCCGUGCGGACUACCAGGUUACGCAAAGUGUGGCGUCGAAAUAGGCCUACCAACAGUCUGGGAUCAAGAAUACCCAAAAUCGAUCCCUACAAUAGUUCCGACUGUUCGUGAUAAUAGUACUCAAACAAAUUAAAAGUAAUACAAACGAAUUUAAAGUAAUUGUGCCAGAUACUCAUGCAAUAUCGUUGUCUAAAAAUCAAUUAUUAUAUUUUAUUGUAGGGUAAAUGUACCAGUAUUGGGCAGGUUAGUGCAGCAGUAUCACUAAAACAGCUCGUACACUUACAAUGUCUAUUAUUUUUCUUGAAAGUGACAUUAUUAUGGACGAUAAACUAUCGUAUUAUGUUGUGCUAUGUUUUAUUUCCCGUUUCAAAUGCAUUUUCUAGCGAUAUUCAUGAAAAUGCAAACACUGUUUUUGCUCCUAUUUUCGGCAGUUUGGUCCUAUUUUCGGCAGGCUGUGCUCCUAUUUUCGGCAACGCGAAUACGGGUCGGUAAAUGUUUUAAUUAAUGCCAAUAGGUAGACAAAAAUGUUUAAAACAAUUUUAAACUCUCACUUUCCAAAGAUUGGUGUUGAAAAGUACGUAAAUUAUUAAUUUUAUAUUGCCCGUUUUGGGCAUUUUGCUGGAAAUUUUUACAGUCACUUUGAUAUGAGUUACAAACAAAGUAGACAUUGGAGAAAUAAGACUACCUGACGGCUAUAGAGUACGGCUCCAAUUGGCUCACAAAAUUAUUGUUUUUCUCUGAAUUUAUUGAAUUAUUUUUAGUGAAAUUGGUGUUAUUUGAUGCAAGAAAUGUCGUUUUAUGCGUUGACAUACGCAUUACAGUUUUGUGAUCAAGUUUUAAAUGAAUAUUCAACGAAAUCAAAUAUGUGUUUUUGUUUCAAGUUUCGGCAGGAGCCCAAAACAUUGAUCUGUCAAAAAUCAACAUUUACCGUGUACCAAUUUUAGGCAGCAUUUAAAGUGAAUAAUUACUUGUUUUUAGUUAUUUUAAAAUUCUAAUCGGGCUAGUUUAAAAUCUGCAACCAUAGAAUCUUUCAUAAAAACCACACAUUCAUUGUUUAAGUGCUCUAGUUCUUUUAAUAAUGAAACCUGUCGAACUAUUGGCUGACAGCAAAUAUGCCAAAACAUGUUGAACUCGGAACAUUUUGUUUAAUAUUUUGAAAAAUAUGCAAGGAAAUAAUGUGAAACUACGUAUUUGAAUAACAAAUAAGCAUAUCUCUAUUUAAAAAUUAUGUGAUGAGACAAUUUUCAACGCGUUUUUGCGUAAUUACACGUUUUUAGCUAUCCUGCCGAAUAAUGGUACAUUUUCCCUAGUUAAAUGCAUUUUGUUCUUAAGAUAUCGACAAACUUUUCAUCAUUUUUUAUAAUAUUUUUUCAUUAGGAUAGGUUUCUUUUUCUCCUUAUUUAGCCCAUUAAACUUUCCGACUUGGUAUACCAUAAACCACUAAUGGAAUUUUGCUAUCGGUGACCUUAUUUAGCCCAUUAAACUUUCUGACUUGGUAUACCAUAAAUCACUAAUGGUAUUUUUCUAUCGGUGACUUGAUUUAUUUAUAAUAGCAUAAAAAAAUCUAAACAGAACUAAACAGAAUAGUUAGUUCAUUUCGGAUUGGAACUGAUAAUAGGCCGAUCAUAGGUAGGUUGUUAAGGCGUAGUUGAAUAGGUUCAUUGUAAUGAAUUAUAAGUUAAAUUUUCCCUACUAAAAUAAUCAUGUAGUUAUUGAUUGUUGAGUUGAGAUUGUAUAGACAUAUAGAGAUCGGGACUCUUUUACAAUAAUGAAAAAACAUUCAAGACGAAAAAUAAUUUAUAAUUGAAUGAAAUGUACAAGCUUUGCACAAAUGUAUGGAAGCUAUACAAAAAUACAUCAUCUCCAAACAUU